GUUUUUAAUUUCUAAAGCAAUAGGGAUGGUCUUGAUGGUAGUUACAUAUGUUUCUUUAUGCAAUUCAUGUUAUUCAUGUGUUUCCUUUAUACUUGGAGUGAAAUGACCGAAGAGGUAAGGAAUAUUUUUGCGGAACCAACCUUAAUUUGUUUAUGCAGGUUCGUACACCAGAUGUAGCAGUAUAAAAAACCAGCCACUCUGUAAGAUUCUACUUACGGAACUUGUUGGCUGAGCAAUCGGAAAUAUGUUAUUCCAGCUCAUUGCAGGAUGGGUCAACUUCUUGGAAGCCAUUAUAAUGUGGGUGAUGCAGACAUACUUGACGGAUGUUUGGCAACUAGGUGUUUCGCAUGCUGCUGGCAUUAUCAAUGUCUGGAAUGGAAUAACAUUUUUCUUGCCAAUACCCUUCGCGUUCUUUGCUGAUUCCUUUCUUGGAAACUUCUAUACGCUCCUCAUCUCCUGUUUUGCUGAUGCCAUUGGGCUCGGGGUCUUGACACUGUCAACACCUCGGUUUCUUGGGCCAUGUAAGGAAAAUAAGCCGGAAUGCAUUGGUGGAACUCAGAAAACGCUGUUUUACUUUGCUUUAGCUUUGAUUGCAGCAGGAAUAGCCAGUCGUAAUGUAUCCCAGGACCAAUUUUUCAAAGAACAGCAAGGAGAAACCACGGAAAAUAAUAAAAAAGAAGAAAUUUGUGACUGUGGCUUAGGCCAAAAACUAGGCUGCUUUUUUAUGGUAAUUGUGAUUGUAGUAAGCACUUUAGUCCUACCAUUUAUACAAUCAUGGUCAGUCAAGUUUGGGUUUCCAGCAAUAUGUAGCCUCGUGGCGCUACUCGUCUUCUUGAAUGGCCAGUUUUGGCAUCCCUACCAACACAAAGGACCUCAGGGAAGCCCAUUAACGACAUUCUUCAGAGUCUUUGUGGCCGCCAUAUCCAAAAAGUCCAUGAAACUCCCUGAGGAAAAAAAUCUUUAUCAGUCAGAUGAUCGUGCUGAGCUCACUCGUUCCCUUCGGUGCUUGAACAAGGCUGCAAUAAUCUUACCAAGUCCAUCGGAAGAAGAACAGAAAUUGGAUAAGUGGCACCUUUGCAGCGUGAGAGAAGUAGAGGACACCAAAGUCUGCCUUCGAAUGGCUCCAUUGUGUAUUACCUUGAUAGUCUGUGGAUUUGUCCUCUCCCUCGGGAACACCUACUUUCUUGAACAAGCAAAUCACCUAAAUCAAACACUGGGCCGCCUCAGAGUUAACAGCAUCAUCUUCUUUUUCUUCUCUUUCGGUGCAAGUAUCAUUUCUACACGCAUCUACCUCUUUGCCAAAGGAUGGUCAGCCAAAGAGAAGAAAAAGUAUUUCCCAAUACUAGGAAUAGGUCUCGCUUUAGUUACUUCCAUUUUGUGCUGCAUUACUGCUGCAAAGGUUGAAACACGAAGAUUAAAAGUGAUAAGUAGCAAACCUGAUCUACUAACAGACAACCCUUCCAAAGAUACUAAAAUUUCGAUGUCAAUGUUCACCUUGGUUCCACAAUACCUACUUCUUGGAGUGUUUAAUGGAAUUUCAUAUACUUGCUAUGAAGAAUUAUUCAAGACCAGAUAUCCAUCAACUAUGGACAAGUACAUACAGUAUUUUACAACAGGAUUGACAGGUAUAGGAAUUGCAGCUAGUUACUUGUCGGUGUAUAUAGUAGGAAAGGUGAGUGAGAAUGGAGGAUCGAAGACAAAUUGGUUCAAGCACACAUUAAACCAGUGUCGUCUGGAUAAUUAUUAUUGGACUUUGGCAGUUAUCAGCUCACUCAAUCUCUUUUGUUACCUUAUUAUUGUUGCCCUGAUUUUACCUGAACCGAAACCGAAACCGAAACCAGCCACAAGACUACAGAAGGUGCGAGAAAUGCUCUGUACAUGUGCUCGCUGUGUGUGUAAAUGUGCUCGUUGUGUGUGUGUAUGUACGCGGUGUUGUUAG